CCACCCAGGGCUAGCCUCCUGGGUGGGAUGGAAAGCAUAAGCCUCCAGGCCCACAAGGUUUACAGGGGGGAAACGGGAUGGACCUUAUUUCAGGGGUAGAGUAUCCAGUUUGCAUGCAGCAAGUCCUAGGUAUAUUCAGUGAAAGACUCUCCUGAAGAGCCGCUGCCAGUCUGUGUAGACAACACUGUACUGCAGGAAUUCUGCAUCAGGCCAUUAGCUCCGAGGCGCGCUUUUCCUACUGAAACUCAGAUGGGCUAAACUCGGCCUCCGUGGCGCCCGUUCCGGAUUGCGCCCGCCUUCCGGAAGAGCCCGGCCCGCCCCCACGUGCUCCUAGGCGGCGUGGCCUCGCCAGUCUCUUUCCUCUGAGCUACAAUGGCCGGGUCUGGACGCUUGGUGGGUCUGAGGCGGGUGGCUGCUCGGCUGGCGGCGAGAGAGGCAGAAGGCAAACUGCCCGAGGAGCAGCCGGAGGUGGAGCAGGAGGUGGAGAGGUUGCUGAAGCGCCAGGAGAAGGCGAUCCGCCUGCGAAAAAUGCAGAGGCUGAUGGAACCGCGCGGGCCCCCUGAGCGCACCUUGACCCGCCAGGCCAUGGAGCAGAUCCGGUACCUGAGCCAGGAGCUGCCGGAGGAGUGGCCCGUCUCCCGCCUGGCGCGGAGCUUCCAGGUGGAACCCGGGGUCGUUCUUCGAGUCCUCCGGAGCCGCUUCUCCCCUUCACCGGAGCGGAGAGCUAAGCAAGACGCCAAGGCCGCCGCCGCUGUGGCCUCGACCCCCGAAAGCAGCGCCCGCCCCAGGAUCGUCGUUGCCACCGAGGCCGCCGGCCGUCUACUUUCCGCCCCUGGCGCUGCGGCGGCGCUCUCCCGGCCAGUCGCCCCCAGGGCGGCACGUGCGGGCCCCUCUGCGCCGGAGAAGCAGCAACAAAAGCAGCAGCAGGAGGAGGAGGAAGAAGACGAGGAGGAGGAAGGUCGGGGUUGGCGGGGGCCGAGCCCGGCGGAGCUGGAAGCGAUGGUGGCUGAGGGCACCUGGGAGUCCCAGCUGAAAGUCGUGCAGAAGGGCCGAGAGUUCUUCGACAGCGAUGGGAACUUCCUCUACAGGCUUCCCCAAACCCAGCAGGCCUGAGCAUCUGGCAGUGCUGGAAGGCACUGGCCUCUUUUUGCAUGUCAAGGGCAAUACCUUGUCUGGAUUGUCCCUGUAGCUAAAAUGGCCACAUCCAGCUCCUAAAAAGGGGGUGGGGUCCUGUUGUGGUGGAAAGUGUUGUGGCGCCCCUCCUCACUAGAGUCAAAAGCUGGGACUUCCUGCUCAGAUUCUGCUCCCAGGCAGCUAGGAGAACUCUGCUGCCUGCAGUACAAGGGACCAUCCUUGCCUAGGCUUUUUCUGUCUGCUCAGAGCAGAAUCAUCAAGCAUUGAGAGGUGGACACCAGGCUUAUAUAAAGGGUCCUGCUGAGUUUCGCCUUUACAAAGUGCUGUGAUGCAGGUGGUUAGAAUUUCCCUUGGACACAUGCAGAUGAGAGACUCAGAAAGAGCCAUGUGGCCCUGCAGGGACUCAGCAGUAGUGACUGCAGCAACAGCAGCAAGGUCUCCCAGGCCUAUGAAAGCAAGUGCAUGAUGAUAAGCCUCCAUGCCUUUCUGAAAGCAUUUUGGAAGGGAUUAAUAGCUUGGGAUUCUUAAAGUUCCUCAGAUGCCUGCUACCCCUUCUUGAGAGGAAGCCCCAGCCACAUACUAUGAAAAGCAGGUUGGGGAAGCUCACUUACUCUUUUAGUGUAGAAGUUGGUAGGUUGUUGCUUGGUUUUUUUGCAGGCGCCAGAGAAGUAAUUCUUAGCAAACUGCCCAGCUAACCUGGGCACUCAGCCCCUCCUAACCUGCUGCCCUCCUGGUGUUCAGGACUACAAUUCCCAUUGGCCCCAGCCAGCACAGCUGAUAGGAGCUAGUCCAAAAUAUCUGGAGGGUACCAGGCUGGGCUAGCGAGGCCCUGCUUGAAUGUCUGUCUCGUGGCUGGUGCGUGAAAGGGUAGCCCAUAGGCCCAGGGCUUGGAAGUGCCUUGCCUGCCCUCUCCCUCCAAUUACUUGGAGCUGGGUGAAAGCUGUGCUCUUGCAUUGAGGCCUCAUUUGGGUGCCAGAACGCUCCUGCCUGCUCCUUGGUGACAGUUUGGCCCUUCAGAUCAUGAAAAUAGUUACCUGGGCAGGAUUGGUGGCAGGACACAGCACAAGCAAUUAAAAGGAUUUUUAUGGAUAAAAUUCUUCUCAGCCUAAUAGGAGGGAUCCAUAUUCUGUGCUCCUACCCACGUCUGUCAUGUCAAACAAGCCCAAACCAAUUCAUCCUGAGCAUGAGGGAAUUCCUAUGUGAGGAGCAUGAAGUGCCUGCUGUCAGAGGGAAAUGACUUUGUGAUCCUCUUAGCAAUGAUUUGGGAUGAUCAAUAAAAGUGCAAGAUCUGUAGGGUAAGAGGAGUGAAGAAGAUGUGAGUGUGCUCUACCCUUAAAAACCUCAAGUUUUUCUUUUCUUGAUGGGUUUUUAACAUAAUGUAAAAGAUUGUGCUACAGGCAGAGGGGUCUCCCGUUUGCUGGCUUGGUGGAAUACUCUUAUAGGCUUCUAAAGCUGAGGUUUCAGAGUUCCCAUUCUAAUCAAUAGGAGGGGAGGGUGCUCCACUGCAUGUUUCUUUGGUGAAUGGGAAGCACAUGAUUGUCUUUGCUUCCCUCUGCCCUCAGCAGAGAAGAAGAUGAGUGAGGCUGAAAAACCCAGGAAAAGAAAGUAAGCUAUACUGGGCAAGGCUCACCUUUGUGGAAUUGGCGUUGCUCUUAGGAAGACUUCAUGGGACUGGAAAAAAUGGGAUACCAAUAUGCUACAUAAAAAGUCUUCACUACUCCUGUGGCAUGGAAGUGGAAGCAGGAAAAUAAAUUUACACUUUCCAAGUUCAUGAGUGAAUUAUAAGCAAUAAAGAUGUGAGACAGUCUCAGCUCAAAAGUUUUUUUCUAGUGUUUCUUACAGCUUUUUCUACCCUCAAAUCCUUAUUUAAGUAAUAAAAUACUUAAAUAUUUCAAGUUAA